AUGACUUUGGCUACGAGACACGCCGACUUUGCUCGCCGCGAUAUUUGGAGAGAGAGCGAUCAUUGGCUCGAUGACUUCAACGACUGGCCAAUUGACUGGCCAAAGCCGAGAGAUUUCUUCAAUCGGUUCUCUCGCGAUAGCGACAACUGGUGGAAGGACUGGCCAUCGGAUUGGCCAAGAAUGGAUGCAAUUAUGCCAAGAUUUUCAACACAACUCGAUCGUAUGGAUAGAAACUGGCGCAAUGAUCCAUUCUGGAUGGAUUUGUAUCCAAGAUGGGCUGAGCCAAUUUUCAAAGAGGGAAUUGAUGUCAACUCACAAGUCAUCAAUGAUGAAAGAAAAUUUGCUGUCGAUGUGGAUUGCUAUCAAUUUCGACCAGAGGAAAUUCAGGUCAAAACUUUGGACGACACAUUGAUGAUUGAAGGAAGACAUGAGGAUGUUCGUGACAAGGACAACUUCACCAAGAUGUACUUCAUUCGCAAGUACCAACUUCCAAAGGAUGUUAACUUGAACUCUAUCCAAAGCAGCAUUGAUUCGAAGGGACGCUUGACUGUCGAGGCUCAAAAGCAUCCAAUGGCUCUUAACUCUCGCGAACGUUUGAUCCCUAUUGAGGGAAUUGGCCGCAGCUCUCCACGAUACGAUUCUGGAACGUAUCGCUCCCAACGAGGACCAAAUUCUCCAAUUCAUGUUCAAACUGAAAAUGAUAACCGAAGCGCUUCAAGCCGUAGUGCUUCAAGAGCUAAUGAUAGUCCAAGAACUGAUGGGGUUUACUCGUCUCAUUCAUACAGCUACCACCGAAGCGAUUCUCGCAACCGCAUGUCGCCACAUGAUUUGACCAUGCGAAAUGAAUCGAGAAACUACAGCCCACGUCAAAACCUCACCAGCGGAACAUACGGAAAUGGAAUUAAUGGAACUGUUCAGCAUGAGGAGCGUUCAAGCUCCCGAGCACAAUCUCAUAGAUCGGAGAGCAGAAAUGGAUAUCGUGUUGAAUCACCUGCAAGUACCACCAAUGGAAUUUUGCGCAACGGAAAUACCGAUUACGGAAAGAGCGAUUCACCAAACUCUACCCAACGCGAAUAUCGUUCCAUUCAAAUACUUCGCAAAACCUAUUAA